AUGAGCUACCAGAAUUUCAGUGAGGGCAACGGCCAGCCUCAGCAAGGUGCUGAAGAGCAAGGCGGCUUUGGUGCGGCCCAACAGCAACAGCAACAUCAACUGGGUCAGCAGAUGGAUCCCUCCCAGCAGCAAGGCCAAUUCCCUGGUGCGCCCCAAGCCGGUGGCCCCGGUGGACCCGGCUCGCAGGGCGGGGAUCAGAAGACUACCCUCUGGAUGGGUGAACUUGAGCCCUGGAUCGAUGAGAACUUUGUGCGUAGUGUGUGGUUCGGCAUGGGAUACCAGGUCAACGUGAAGAUGAUUCGCGACAAGUUCUCCGGUAGCAACGCGGGAUACUGUUUCGUGGACUUCGAGAGCCCAGACGCGGCCACGCAGGCGCUUCAGCUCAACGGCCAAGGCAUUCCCAACUCCAACCGACAGUUCAAACUGAACUGGGCCUCGGGCGGUGGGCUUGCGGAUCGCAGUCGUGACGAUCGCGGACCCGAGUUUUCCAUCUUCGUCGGCGACCUCGGCCCAGAGGUCAACGAAUACGUCCUCAUGUCCCUCUUCCAGAGCAAGUUUGGCUCCACGAAAUCGGCCAAGAUCAUGUCCGACCCCAUCAGCGGGCUGUCAAGGGGUUACGGAUUCGUGCGUUUCGCCGAUGAGGCGGACCAGCAAAAGGCUCUCACCGAGAUGCAAGGAGUAUACUGCGGCAAUCGCCCCAUGCGCAUCUCCACCGCAACCCCGAAGAACCGCGGCGGCGGCGCUGGUGGUCCUGGUGCUGGGGCCGGUAUGGGCGGGAUGCCCGGCGGACCCGGCGGCAUGGGCAUGUACUCGAUGGGUGCGCCGCCCAUGGGCUACUAUGGCGCGCCUCAGCCGAUGAACCAGUUCACCGACCCGAACAACACCACCGUCUUUGUCGGAGGCCUGUCCGGCUACGUCACCGAAGAUGAGCUUCGCUCCUUCUUCCAAGGCUUCGGCGAGAUCACCUACGUCAAGAUUCCUCCUGGCAAGGGCUGCGGCUUUGUCCAGUUCGUUCAGCGCCACGCGGCGGAGAUGGCGAUCAACCAGAUGCAAGGCUACCCCAUCGGCAACUCGCGUGUUCGUCUCAGCUGGGGUCGCUCUCAGAACAACUCCGGCCCCGCGGGCACUCCUUACCGCCCUGCCCCGCCCCCGCCAGUCUUCCCAUCCAUGGGCAUGCCACCUCAGCACCCUUACGGCAACUUUGCCCCUAUGAAGUAA